GGGCAGGGAGGGGCUGGGGGCUGGCUGACCCUCUGCUCACAGGCAGCCAUGCCCCCUGCAGAACAGGGUGAGCACAGAUGAUGGCUGAGCUCCCAGCCCCUGAGAGCUUGCUGGGUGCCCCGCCCCCUGCCCCCAGGAUGCAGGAUGGGGGCUGGGCUGGGCUCAGAUCCUGCCUCUGUGACCUUGACCAGCUCACUGUGCCUCUCUGAGCCUUGGCUGUCCUCGGUGGAGACCAGGAUGAAGGGUGGCCCCUGGCCUGGGCAGCCGGCACUUGGGGGCUAGUGGUGUUUGGAGCUCAGUCACUGCAGGUCUUGCUGCAGUCUCAGACUGACGGCUUCUCCCGGGGUGCCCCUGGGCCCUGGCAGUGAGGAGGUUUGGGCACAGGUGAGCCGCACAGGUGUGCCAGCCUAGGUACGGUCACGGCAUCAGACCCAGCGCCUGCGUCUGGUGUUUAUCCAGUAAGGUCUGGUGCACAGGCGUGGCACGGGGACCCUGUGGUCCGAGGUGGAGGAGCACGGGUCCCCAGGCUGUGAGCCCUCCUCUCUGCCCAGGAUGGAGGCCUCCUGCCUGGAGCUGGCCCUGGAGGGCGAGCGCCUGUGCAAGGCUGGGGAUUUCAAGGCAGGCGUGGCCUUCUUCGAGGCCGCCGUGCAGGUGGGCACCGAGGACCUGAAGACACUGAGCGCCAUCUACAGCCAGCUGGGCAACGCCUACUUCUACCUGAAGGAGUACGCCCGGGCGCUGGAGUACCACAAGCACGACCUGCUGCUGGCCCGGGCCAUCGGCGACCGCAUGGGUGAGGCCAAGGCCAGCGGGAACCUGGGCAACACGCUCAAGGUCCUGCAGCGCUUCGACGAGGCCGUCGUCUGCUGCCAGCGGCACCUGGACAUCGCCCAGGAGCAGGGGGACAAGGUCGGGGAGGCACGGGCACUCUACAACAUGGGGAACGUGUACCACGCCAAGGGCAAGCAGCUGUCCUGGAACGCUGCGCAGGACCCUGGACACCUGCCCCCGGACGUGCGUGACACUCUGCGCAGGGCCUCCGAGUUCUAUGAGAGGAACCUGUCCCUGGUGAAAGAGCUGGGCGACCGGGCAGCCCAGGGCAGGGCCUGCGGCAACCUGGGCAACACCCACUACCUGCUGGGGAGCUUCGUGGAGGCCACCGCCUUCCACAAGGAGCGCCUGGCCAUCGCUAAGGAGUUUGGGGACAAGGCGGCCGAGCGCAGGGCCUACAGCAACCUGGGGAACGCCCACGUCUUCCUGGGGCGCUUCGACGUGGCUGCCGAGUACUACAAGAAGACGCUGCAGCUGUCGAGGCAGCUCAAGGAGCAGGCGGUGGAGGCACAGGCCUGCUACAGCCUGGGCAACACCUACACGCUGCUGCAGGACCACGAGCGCGCGGCCGAGUACCACCUGCGGCACCUGCUCAUCGCUCAGGAGCUGGCCGACAGAGUGGGCGAGGGCCGGGCAUGCUGGAGUCUGGGGAACGCCUACGUGUCCAUGGGGAGCCCGGCACAAGCCCUGACCUUCGCCAAGAAGCACUUGGAGAUCUCCCAGGAGAUUGGAGACCGCAACGGGGAGCUCACAGCCCGCAUGAACGUGGCACAGCUACAGCUGGCACUGGGCAGGCUGACCAGCCCGGCCGCCGCAGAGAAGCCAGACCUGGCCGGCUACGAGGCCCAAGGGGCCAGGCCCAAGAGGACGCAGCGGCUGAGCGCAGAGACCUGGGACCUGCUGAGGCUCCCGCUGGAGCAGGAGCAGAAUGGAGACAGCCAUCACUCUGGGCACUGGCGGGGGCAGGGCAGGGACUUGCUCCCCGCCCCAGUGAGGAGCAGGAAGGGCCAGGAAGGGCCGGACACCGCUGAGAGGAGGCCCCGGGAGGGCAGCCACUCCCCGCUGGACAGCGCAGACGUCCGGGUGCAGGUGCCUCGCACGAGCCUCCCUCGGGCCCUGUCCUCCGACGAGGAGUGCUUCUUUGACCUGCUGAGCAAGUUCCAGGGCAGCCGCAUGGACGACCAGCGCUGUCCCCUGGAGGAGGGUCAGCCCGGGGCAGCCGAGGCUACCGCGGCCCCCGCCCUGGAGCAGAGGAUCGCCCAGCCGUCGCUGACCGCCUCACCGCAGACCGAGGACCUCUUUGACCUCAUCGCCAGCUCCCAGAGCCGCCGGCUGGAUGACCAGCGGGCCAGCGUGGGCAGCCUGCCUGGGCUGCGCAUCACCCACAACAACCUGGGCCGCCUGCGUGGUGACGGGGACCCCCAGGAACCAGGGGACGAGUUCUUCAAUAUGCUCAUUAAGUGCCAGUCCUCCAGAAUCGACGACCAGCGCUGCCCACCCCCUGACGGCGUGCCCCGCGGCCCCACUGUGCCAGACGAGGACUUCUUCAGCCUCAUCCAGAGGGUGCAGGCCAAGCGGAUGGAUGAGCAGCGGGUGGACCUCGCCGGGAGCCCCGAGCAGGACGUGGGCGGGCCCCCGGAGCCCCGGCAACAGUGCCAGCCGGGCACCAGCUAAGGCCUCGCCCCCAUGGCUGGGCCUGCCCUGCCCCCACUCCUGGACACAGUGGGGGGACUCACAACAGUCCAGGACGCCCACAGCCCCCCAGAAGCCGAAUCCUCCCAGGGCCGUGGCUGAGGGCAGGCUCUGAGCCCCCCGCCCUUCCCACUGAGCUGGAUGUUGGCCUGCCACCCGCACAGUGUCCCCCUGCCCAGGGUGACAGGCUCGGGCCAGGGCUGCCCAUGUGGGGUGGGGCUUAUCCUGCCCGGAGCCAGCCCCCACAUGGUACACGGCUCACUGCAGCCCUGCCCUGCCCCAGCCUGGGCCUGCAGCAUGUCGGCCCAGACCCCGGUGCUGUCCAGACCCUCCGUGACCUGUCCCUGCCCCGUGCCCACUCCGUCCUGCCCAGCCAAAUGUGAAAACCCUGCUGCCUGCCCCACACCCCAAAAGGUUCUCUGGGGGCCACCAGUGACACAGGCGUCCCUGUCCCCCCAGAGCUGGUCCCCGGAUGGCCCGGCAGACAUGCUCGCCCCAGUCCCGGCUUCUCACCCCCCAGAGGGUUCCCCUCCCUCCUGCCCAGGCUGAGGGAGGAGCAGGAAGGUGUCACAGAAAGCCUAGAGCCCGAUGUCCCCACAGAGCCCCCGGCCCUGGCACUUUAGCCCCCAGCCCCAUGCAGUGCUGAAGAGGCAAGGGUCCUGGGGGGCAGGCUGGGGGUAGGCAGCGACCGGGCCCUGAAGCCCAGCAACAAGCAGGACUAGCCAGUGGCCCAGUCUGCUCCCGACCACGCCAGCCCUGUGGCCGUGGGGGAGGUGGCGGCAGCAAAGCUGGGGGGCUUACUUCGGCCCACCCUUCGGUACAGCCUAGGAGCCCUGGGUGGGCAGGUGGGGCUCGGUGUGGGGACACCCCGGGGCCGGUCCGGAGGCGUGGGCUCAGACGCCAGCGCACAGGCUUCUGCUCAGCCGAGUACUUGAAUGUACACGCAUAUUUAUUGCUCUCACGUUUGCCAUGUCGUCUGUGGGUCCUUUCCAACCCAGAAGGUACAUCUGUUUUUCUGUUUUUUCCGGAAAAAAAUAAAGUCUGCCAAGCGAA